AUGAACAACGCCAACAAGACGCAAGUAAUUGUCUUUGAACUUUCUGGUCUAACUGAUGACAGAGAAUUUGCUCCGUUCCUGUUCAUAUUCUUUUUGCUUGUCUACAUAAUAACCAUAUGCGGAAAUAUUGGAAUAAUUGCUGUUGUUCAAAUCUCGCCCAGCCUCCACACCCCGAUGUACUACUUCUUGAGUUACCUCUCUGUGGUGGACCUCUUCUACUCCUCAGUUGUUACCCCCAAAAUGUUGUCCGAUCUUCUGUCUGACAAGAAACUAAUAUCAUUCAUUGGUUGCGCCCUUCAGUUCUACUUCUAUGUUGCUCUAGCCAGUGUGGAGGUCUUCGUCCUUUCGAUCAUGGCGUAUGACCGAUAUGUCGCCAUUUGCCACCCUCUACACUACGUCCUAAUAAUAACCAUGAAGAAAUGUCUUGGUCUUGUCCUUCCCACCUUUUUUGUUGGGUUUGUGCAGUCAUCGGCACAGACCAGUUGCAUCUUCAGUCUCAAAUACUGCGGAUCCAACCUUGUAGACCAUUUUUUCUGCGACCUCGCUCCAGUGGUUAACUUGUCCUGUUCGGAAACCCGUACCUGCACCACCAUCAGCCUUUUCUUCGUGUGUUUUUGUAGUUUAACUUCAAUGACAACCAUUCUGGUCUCCUACACCCUCAUCAUUUCUUCUAUCUUACGGAUAAACUCUACGGCUGGCAGGAGGAAAGCGUUCAAUACCUGCUCCUCCCAUCUCAUGUGUGUUAUCGUCUUCUAUGUUACAGUUUUCUUCACCUAUCUUCAUCCAUCCUCUACUACCCUCAAGAAACAAGACUUGGUGGCUUCUGUCGUCUAUGCGGUGGUGACCCCAAUGUUGAAUCCUCUUAUCUACAGCCUAAGGAACCAAGAGGUGAAAAAGGUCAUCAAAAGACUGGUGAAAAAAAGUCCUAAAGAACCUAUAUGACAGUGUGAUUUCUAUCGAGCUU